AUGUCUGUGAUGCGGAUAUCAUUGCGGCCAACGCUGGCGGCUGCGAGGACGGGCAUGCGCUGCUUUUCGUCGGGCCCGCAGAAGCAAGACGACCUCAUGAGCAUUCUCGGCCAGAGCGCAGCCGCCCGCCAUCCCUCCAACAUCUCCUCAACCAACAACACAGCCAAUUCGCGUCCGGGAGAGUCUUCCGCCCUACGCUUUGCCCGCAAUGUAGGCCUCGACCGCGCAGCCUCAAGCCCGAACCGUGAACUGGCCGAGUCAGAGCGCCUCUCCCAGUACCAGCGCCAAAUAUACCGCAAGUGGCAGCCUGGCGAUGUGUAUGCACCACAUGACCUGAGCGGAACUGAGCAGAAGAAGUGGAAGCAGGGCCGCAAGAGGCCACAGGAGGACGCUUUCGACAUCCUUGGUGUCAAUCCCGUCUUGGAGUACAAGAACUUUACCAUUAUGUCCGAGUACAUGACCGAGAUGGGCCGCAUAAAGCACUCGAGGGACACCGGGCUACGACCAAAAAACCAAAGAAAGAUUGCAAAAGCGAUACGGAGAGCAGUCGGUUUGGGCCUGAUGCCCAGUGUCCACCGGCAUCCGCUUGUGCUCAAGAAGAGCAAUCCCGCACGCUUCUUGUAA